AUGGCAAAAGGAUCCUUACUUUUCCUCCUAGGUCUCCUGGCCUUAGGUACUGUGCAUGGAUCCUUCAUGGGCAAACUUGCUUCCAAGAAGAUCUGCGCAGAUGACGUGUGUGAAUAUAAGAACAUGUAUACUAUUUCUUUGGCUAGAGCUCAAAAAAUGUAUGAAGGCCCUGAUUGUAGAUUCCUUAGCUUUAGUGAAGGACAGCAGAUCUAUAUUUACUCAAAACUGGUGAAAGAAGAUGAAGAAGAUGAAGAAUAUUGGGCUGCCAGUGUGUAUGUUCAAUGCCUCCUGGACCAGAGGGGAAACAUAGGCUAUUUUCCCAGCAACUUGGUUGAGGAGAUUCAGGUGUUCAAGGAAGCCACCAAGGAACUCCCCACCACUGUCACAUUUCAGAAGUCCCCAUCCCAACAGGCCUACUAUGCAGACUCUGAAAUUGUUGGGAAAGUGAGGUAUGAUCAAAGCUACACAAAACAAGGACCUGUUUCAGGAAAUGAAGCUGCCCAGAAGCCUGGUAAUGUCCAGGAAAGGCACGGACAUAUGGCAAAAUUUACUCUAGCAAAGCAGAAUGUCACUGAUGACCCCCCUUGGUCCCGAAAAAUGAGGAUGUUGAUCAAAGUAGCCUUGGAAAAAUGA